GUAUAAUGCUUCGUUGCCAUCGAAGCGACCCGGGUUCGAUUCCCGGCCGAAGCAAUUCUUUUUCAUUCAACUGAAUUUGACUAAAAAAACCCACAUUAAUUCUUUUCGAUUUAUUUUUUUUUGUUUUUAGUAACCAAACUGCUACCAGUUCAGUACCUAAAAAAUUAUGUAAACAAAGCAGAACUUAUGAAUAAGUAGGGUGAAUCGCUUGGUCUCUAUCGUCUUGUAGGUUUCUAGUAGUCCUAUAUUUAAAUUUUUCUUGUUUUGCAUCCUUGGUUUCAAAACUGCUGCAGCGUCUAUUUCAUCUCUGGUAAUUACAAACCAACAAUCCUUGUGAAGAGUCUUUAUAGAAAAAUAAUGGAUGGCACGAGAUUGGUAUUUAUAAAUCAAUUACAAGACUGUCCAGCUGGGAAAAAAGUUCGCUUUCUGGGAUACGUUACGGCUUAUGAUGAUGGAAUUUUAUGUCUUCAAGAUGGAUUGAGUAUGGUUGAAUGCGAUCUGACCGCCGUACUUGCAAAUGUUAAGAUUCAACCACGAGAAUGGUUGGAUAUUGUAGGUCGUAAAUGCUCAGAUGGAAAGAUCGAUGUACUGUUAGUGCGUUCAGUAGUAGGAAUUGAUCUCCCAAAGUAUAGAAAAACACUUCAAUGGCGACAGGAAUUUGCAUCUGAAUGGGAUUCCCUUUAAACGCUCCCCAUCUUCAAUUUUGUAAUCUGUUCCGAGCUGGGUUCAGGUCAAAGUACAGAAAUGAACACUAUAAGCGUUGCAUUGUUGAUUAUCUUACAAUAUAAUACUUUGCUCAUGAAGGGAGGAACCUAUUAAAAAAUAAAAAAAAUAAAAAAAAAUUGGAUGACUCAAUGAAUACCUAAAUUGAUUCUAAGUAUAUAUCAUAAACUAAUAAACAACUAAAUUUUAAAGAACGAACAAUGCAAGGAAUUAUCAAUAAUUUUUGGAAAGCCCGGUUAGGCAUCAGAAGGGUGGCUAUCCGUUUUUAAGCCCAGAUCCUUUUCAUCGGCGACAUGGACCACUUUGUUAAUUUGAGACCUUGAGACUGGGUAUUUGGUACUGACAGUGUCCGCGGCAAACAGAAAAUACCCCAAAAAGGUACCGCAAAAAAGAAACAAUAUAACAUAGCCAUUGUAGUACAUAGCCAAAAGCAUGGCAAUAUAAGUAACUAUGAAUUGGACAAUGUAGAAGCAGGAGCGUAUAAAGUGAAGACAUACACGGGUGAACCAGCUAAAGCCGCUAGGAGAAGAAGCGACGAAGGAGCUUUCAGG